UCUAGCAUUUCGACCCCAGCCCAGCCUGGUCGCACUAACCGAUUACAGCUGUGGCGUCCUUGUUAAUGCAACGCUUUUUCGUUUUUCGCCGUUAUAAUUAUUAUAAUUAAUAUUCGCAUUCGAUAUGGAGCCAAUGAAUCUGGGCAGCCCGGUCAACAGUCCUGGCUCCAACCAGACCCAGUAUCUGCCACCUUUUCUGCUCGGCGAUCCGCAAGGUAUAACGCCGCACAAGAACACGCUGUCCCCGAAAACCGGGCGCUCUAAUAUAAGUUUCGCCACCUCGCCCGGCGGCAGCAGUCCGCACGAGCUCAACCGCUCCGCUCUGAGCACACGCACUCUGUUCGCCGCCCAAGGAGGCGCCCACACGGCUGUGGGCGCCAACAGCUCAACGACCGCGCACGGCCAGACGCACAGCCACCACCAGACGGGACCGCCCACCCAGGGACUCUUCGACUCGCUGCGCGAACAGUCCGUCACCCCGAAGAAGAAGAACCAUCUUGGCAUGCUGCAGUUGCAGUCACCGAACCAGAGCUACCAGAGCAGCUAUCACACGAAUGACUCGUUCGCACCCGGGGCGCCCAAUGCCAUCAAUGCCUCGAUGCGAGCACUGUGCUCGCCACUUGGAGCCACUGCCUCGCCAGCUGGAGGCCUGGGCACAUCCGUGACGACGGGCGGCAACUCGCGCCUAUCCGACUUUUGGGUUACCAUCUUCGGGUUCCCGCCGGGGGCCGGCUCCAUGGUGCUGCAGCACUUCACCGUCUGCGGCACCAUUGUGGACGUGGUGCAUGCCCCGCAGAACGGCAACUGGAUGUAUGUGCGCUACUCCUCGCGCAUCGAGAGCGACAAGGCGCUGAACUACAACGAAAAAAUCAUCGCCGGCAAUGUGAUGGUGGGCGUGUCGCGCUGCACGGAUAGGUCGGUGAUCGAUAAGGAGAACAUCGGCUCUGUGCCCAAUGCAGAGAUAGGAGAUCCCCCCACCAGCCCCAGUGCGAUUCGACCGUUUUCCCAGCAGUCGUACAAGCUGGCCCGCAAAGAUAACAUCAUAUCGCCGCAGAAGGAUGUGCCGCAAAAGAGCUCCGGUCUGAUGGACAAGGCCAUGGACCUGAUAUUCGGCUGGUAAGAAGGGCUGAUGGCAAGUCGGAUGGAUGGAUAGAUGGAGUGAUGGAGUUUCCGGCUACUUAUUUAAUAAUUCACUGCCUACAUCCAGCAUACAUACAUAUACAUACUUAUUAAAUGGAGAUAUAUUAGC